AUGGAUUCCCACGAUGUUGAAGAUGCCGUUGGAGAUGGAGAUCUUAAUGACUUCUCAUGUUAUAUUACCAUAAACAAUCUUUCAGAUGAAGAUCUCGGCCUCAGCGAUUUCGGGGUCAACGGCCGAUAUGGCGUAUGGCCCGAGGGUAUGCCUCUUAACACAAUCGAUGCCCACUCAAGCCCUCAGAUACAGCUCAAAGACCCCAAAAUCUAUGGCGGCUCAGAAGGGUGGGUAGAGUAUGAAGCUCUAACUGGAGGUUCUCCUCCAAAUUUCAGGCUAGAAUUUUCGUGUCCCGAAACACCUUGGUCCCCGAACUACUUGAAGGCGACAACAAGUAACCCUGACUUAUACGAUCUGAAAGUGCUGCCAUAUAAAGAAUCCGGUCACCCAUUCUAUGGGCAAGUCGAUAUUCAAAUUACGGGAUCGAAGAGCAACGACAAGCUACCUCACAAGGCGCUUCUCAGCAGCAGUCAUGAGAAUAUCCCCAAUAUUAGGUAUGGAAAAAAAGGCGAUUCCUUCCAGGCCAAGUACGACAUCGGAUUUGACGGCGCGGCACCUUUGGUUACCAAGCAGCCCGUACACGAGACAAUUGGCAUUGCUGCUUUCAUCCUAUCUAAUAAGCCCCUGCCUAAAGGCACCACUUAUCACAAUCUAAAUGAUAAGCAAUGGGAGUAUUUCCGCGGUGUCCUGUGGAAUGAUGACCCAUCGUGCUAUCUUUUUGAUGACUAUACGAAAAAGAACCACGAAUUCAGUACCGGUCUCGAGUGGUAUGAAGACUUCGAAUUUGGACCCCCAUCUUGUAUGAUCCAACGCUCUCACUUUGGCGAUCUCCAAUUUCUUCACGGCAUGGGCGCCACCGUCGGCGAAAUGCCAAAAGAGACCCAGAGGAAGAUACUCAAGUGGUUCGGAGUCAUGUACAAGCUCGCCUGCGGAAACCAGGAAGUGUCCGAUACGGAUCAGCUUCAGCAGGCCUUGGGAGAAUGGUUCGACUCCGGUACCACUCCUACGGGCCAAAGCUCACUUCGCGACCUUAUUCUGGCCAGUACGCCAAACUACUUUCAGACAAAUAUUCAAUGGCGGGCGCUCGGUAUCUGCUUACACAUGAUUACGGACUCUUAUGCAGUUGGACAUACUCAGCGACGACUCAAGAACCCCGAAUCUUAUCUCGGCCGUGAUGAGGAUGAAUACAUGGUCUUCAAGCCCGGAACAUGGGGUGACUGGGGCGCCGUCAUUAACUUUCACUGCUAUGCCGGGCAGGACAGCGAUAUACAUGCUCACUACGACGGUCUCGAAGAUGCCCCACUACCUGUGCCCAAGAACCUAGAUUCUUUCAACUCGAUCAUUGGUGCACGGAAUGCCAUCGAAGGCUGCAAGAACUUGAUUAAUUUCUGGGCGGCAGGGACGAAGUGGGAAGACGGCGUAGAGACGUUCAUGCAGACAGAAAUAUUUGCAAUCGACGACGACGCGAGCCC